AAGCAUCACGACAGAGAGUGAGUUGUAUAGCUAGACUUAGCUAUUCUUACCUCUUGGCAUGACCAUUCAAAUGUCUUCUUUUCUCUUAGCUUCUCUUGCUGUUUUCUUUUUCUUCUCCUCCUUGGAGAAGAGUUUUGCCUUUCAAGCAGCAAGAAAGGAGGACACAGAAAGCAACAAUCUUCAUCAAUAUACUCAUCUUGUUCACCUCAGCUCACUCCUUCCUUCAUCUUCUUGCAGCUCUUCUACUAAAGGUCCCAAAACAAAAGCAUCAUUAGAAGUGGUACACAAACAUGGGCCAUGCUCCCAACUAAAUGAUCAUGAUGGCAAAGCUAAGUCUACAACACCACACAGUGACAUUCUGAACCAAGACAAAGAAAGGGUGAAGUACAUUAACUCAAGGCUCUCUAAGAACUUGGGCCAAGAUAGUAGUGUUGAGGAAUUGGACUCAGCUACCCUACCAGCCAAAUCUGGUAGCCUUAUUGGGUCUGGAAAUUACUUUGUGGUUGUGGGUCUUGGGACACCCAAGAGGGACUUGUCACUCAUUUUUGACACUGGCAGUGAUCUCACUUGGACUCAGUGUGAACCUUGUGCUCGUUCUUGCUACAAGCAGCAAGAUGUAAUAUUUGAUCCAUCAAAGUCUACAUCAUAUUCCAAUAUUACAUGUACAUCUGCCCUCUGCACUCAGCUCUCUACUGCUACAGGAAACGAUCCAGGAUGUUCCGCAUCCACCAAGGCAUGCAUAUACGGCAUCCAGUACGGCGACAGUUCCUUCUCAGUUGGCUACUUCAGCCGCGAGCGCCUCACCGUGACAGCCACCGACGUCGUCGACAACUUCCUCUUCGGCUGCGGCCAGAACAACCAGGGCCUCUUCGGCGGCUCCGCCGGCCUCAUUGGCCUCGGCCGCCACCCCAUCUCCUUCGUCCAACAAACCGCCGCCAAAUACCGUAAAAUCUUCUCCUACUGCCUCCCCUCCACCUCCAGCUCCACCGGCCACCUCUCCUUUGGCCCCGCCGCCACAGGACGCUACCUCAAGUACACCCCCUUCUCCACCAUCUCCCGCGGCUCCUCCUUCUACGGUCUCGAUAUUACUGCCAUCGCCGUAGGCGGUGUCAAACUCCCAGUCUCCUCCUCCACCUUCUCCACCGGCGGUGCAAUCAUCGACUCUGGCACCGUGAUCACCCGCCUCCCCCCAACCGCCUACGCCGCCCUCCGAUCCGCCUUCCGUCAAGGCAUGUCAAAAUACCCCUCCGCCGGGGAACUCUCCAUCCUCGACACGUGUUAUGAUCUCAGUGGUUACAAGGUGUUUUCCAUUCCCACGAUAGAAUUUUCGUUCGCCGGCGGCGUCACGGUGAAGCUGCCUCCACAGGGUAUACUCUUCGUGGCGAGUACCAAGCAGGUUUGUUUGGCUUUUGCCGCAAAUGGUGACGAUAGUGAUGUUACUAUAUAUGGGAACGUACAACAGAGAACAAUAGAGGUUGUGUAUGAUGUUGGAGGUGGGAGAAUUGGGUUUGGUGCUGGUGGGUGCAAGUGAUUAAUGAUUAAACAUGCUUUGGGCUAGUUAGGGACAAAGGAAUCUUAAUUGGUUCUAGGCUUUCAUUAUUACUAUUGUUGUUGUCAUGACAUAAUGUAACAGUGGAAAUAGAAAAGGGAAAACAAUAAUGUGGGGGAAAUUAAAUAGUGAUUAAUUGUUGGAAAACAUAUAAUAUAAUGUUGUAGAAGAAUGGAGGAGGUGAAAUAUGUAUGACUCUCAAGCUGUGCGAUUGCUUGCAAUUGUACAUAUGUAAGAUGAAAAAAAAUAAUGUAAACUUGUUCUUGUUAUUAAUUAAAGGUUUGUUGAAUAAAGCAGAAACGUCUUGUUUUGGAUUA